UUACUUCAUUGCCAUUUGCCACCCAAACUCAUUUCCCUUCUUCUCUCUCCUUUCUCUCAACUGUCGUUGUAAACGAGGAAAGUAUUUUACAAAUUAUACUCUUUUCAUCUCCUUAAUAAAAAAUCCACACUACACAAAACUUUUUCAAUGGCUUCCCCUCCAAAAAAUGUAGGAAUCCUAGCCAUGGAAAUCUACUUCCCUCCUACAUGUGUUAAACAGGAAGCAUUGGAGGUUCAUGAUGGUGCUAGCAAAGGAAAGUAUACCAUUGGUCUUGGACAAGAUAGUAUGGCAUUUUGUACUGAGGUGGAAGAUAUCAUCUCCAUGAGUUUGACUGCUGUGACUUCUCUCCUUGAGAAGUAUAAUGUUGAUCCAAAACAAAUUGGUCGGCUUGAAGUGGGAAGCGAGACUGUCUUAGAUAAGAGUAAAUCUAUCAAGACAUUUUUGAUGCAAGUAUUUGAGGAACAUGGAAACACAGACAUUGAAGGUGUUGACUCAACUAAUGCAUGCUAUGGUGGAACUGCUGCAUUAUUUAAUUGUGUUAAUUGGGUAGAGAGCAGUUCAUGGGAUGGACGCUACGGUCUUGUCGUAUGCACAGACAGUGCGGUCUAUGCCGAGGGACCAGCUAGACCCACUGGAGGAGCUGCUACGAUUGCAAUGCUCGUGGGGCCAGAUGCUCCCAUCACUUUUGAAAGCAAGUUGCGAGGCAGCCAUAUGGCUCACGCCUAUGAUUUUUACAAACCCAACUUAGCCAGUGAAUAUCCAGUUGUUGAUGGGAAGUUGUCACAGACCUGUUAUUUGAUGGCGGUUGAUUCAUGCUAUAAUCUUCUUUGCACCAAGUAUGAGAAAUCUGAAGGCAAGCAAUUUUCUGUUAACGAUGCCGACUAUGUUGUUUUCCAUUCUCCAUACAACAAGCUUGUACAAAAGAGCUUUGCCCGAUUGAUGUACAAUGAUUUCUUGAGGAGUGCUAGCUCCAUCGAUGAAGACGCCAAAGAGAAGCUUUCUCCGUUUUCUAAUCUUUCUAUCAAUGAAAGCUACCAAAGCAGGGAUCUUGAAAAGGUAUCCCAGCAAAUUGCGAAGCCCUUAUACGACAAAAAAGUGCAACCAACGACUUUGCUACCAAAGCAAAUCGGAAAUACUUACACAGCAUCUUUAUAUUCGGCAUUUGCAUCCCUUAUUCACAACGAACACAGUGAAUUGGCGGGUAAGCGAGCCCUAAUGUUUUCUUAUGGAAGCGGUUUGACAGCUACCAUGUUCUCACUCCAUUUCAAUGAAGGGCAGCAUCCUUUCCGUUUGUCUAACAUUGCAUCCGUUAUGAACGUUGCCAAGAAGUUGAAGUCGAGGCAUGAGUUCCCACCUGAAAAAUUUGUCGAAACCUUGAAGCUAAUGGAGCACAGAUACGGGGCAAAGGAAUACGUGACUAGCAAGGAUACAAGCCUUUUAGUUCCGGGAACUUACUACUUGACUGAGGUGGACUCGAUGUACAGACGUUUUUACGCCAAGAAACCUGUUUAUGAUUCUAACAUUCCGCACCAGAAUGGCUCAGUUGCCAAUGGUCAUUGAUCACUUGCCUAGAAAUAUUCCGUUGAGAUUACCUGAUCAUGCAAAUGUGGGCAGCUUUCAGAAGGUUUUUUAAUUGUUCAUUUAAUAAGUGUGAGCUUGUAUUUCAUAUUUUAAGUGAACUUAUUUAGUGUUAGUAGUAAUGUUGUUUCCAUAAAAGAAAAUAAAAUGAAUUAAAAUUUCAACAAAUAAAA